AUUAGAAUUUGAUUCAAGCUCAUGUUCAAGCUCAUGUUUGGAUUACAUUUUAUUUUACGCCCAAAUAAAAAUAUCUUAACCAAAAUUUCUGGAAUACAACAUAAAACAGGCCAGGGAAUGCGCAAGUUUGGAUAGAGAAGUAUUUGAAAAGCAAAACGAAUUUAAUUUCCAAGUAUGCGAGUGAUAUGAGGCCCAUUGGUGGCAUUGACUGGAUUGGAUAGGUACAAAUAAGGGACCAAACAAGCAGGCGCAUUCAAGAAGCAGUAGAAAAAAAUGAAGUGCCCGUACUGCACGGCGGCGCAGGGGCGUUGCGCCACCACGAGCUCGGGGCGCUUCAUCACGGAGUGCACGUCUUGCGGGCGCGUGGUGGAAGAGCGACAAUCGCAUCCCCACCACGUGUUUCACCUGCGCGCCCAAGAUAACCCUCUGUGCCUGGUCACAUCGGAUCUCCCUCUCCCCACCCUCCAUCAAAACGACGAGGACCCAUUCGAGCCCACGGGCUUCAUCACCGCCUUCUCCACAUGGUCCCUCGAGCCCAGCCCACUUUACCUUCAGUCCUCUCUCUCCUUCUCGGGUCACCUAGCCGAGCUCGAACGCACUCUCGAAUCUUCCUCCUCCUCCUCUUCCUCUUCUUCCUCUUCCUCAUCUACCGUCGUGGUCGAUAACUUGAGAGCUUACAUGCAGAUUAUUGAUGUAGGGUCAAUUCUAGGGUUAGAUUGCGAUAUUUCCGACCAUGCUUUUCAGUUAUUCAGGGAUUGUUGCUCCGCUACUUGUCUGAGAAAUCGCAGUGUGGAGGCGCUUGCCACUGCUGCUCUCGUUCAGGCCAUUAGAGAGGCUCAAGAGCCGAGAACUCUUCAGGAAAUUUCAAUUGCAGCGAAUGUGCCACAAAAGGAAAUUGGGAAAUACAUCAAGAUACUGGGAGAGGCUUUGCAGCUAAGUCAACCUAUUAACAGCAAUUCCAUUUCAGUUCAUAUGCCAAGAUUUUGCACUCUUCUUCAGCUCAAUAAAUCUGCUCAGGAACUGGCUACUCACAUAGGAGAGGUGGUGAUCAACAAGUGCUUCUGCACUCGCAGGAAUCCAAUUAGCAUCUCAGCCGCUGCUAUAUAUCUGGCUUGCCAACUUGAAGACAAACGCAAAACUCAAGCUGAAAUUUGUAAGGUAACUGGUCUUACUGAAGUCACUCUCCGAAAGGUGUACAAGGAACUAUUAGAGAAUUGGGAUGAUUUGCUUCCCUCGAAUUACACCCCAGCCGUUCCUCCUGAGAGAGCAUUUCCCACUACUAUAAUUGCUGCCAGUCGAUCUUCAACAGCUAAAGUUGAUGCUGUAGAGGUCAUUUCAUCUUUGGACUCAGAAAAGUUGCCAGAAAUUAAACCCAGCAAACCUAAUGAGAUUUCAGUCAUGGUUCACCAGUCCAGAGGAAAGGAUGAGGCUGAAGGUAAAAGCAAUGUUCGUGCAAGCCAUUCCACACUGAAUCAACAGUCAACAUUUUGGCAAUCCCAGCCUCCAAGUGGGACACACAAUCAUCAGAGUGUUUUACAAGGAAUGGAUAUUGAUGGAUUGCAGUUUAAACAGCAACAUCCUGAACACAUGGCAGAGGACACAAAUGGUGCUGCUAGCGGUGGCUCUCUAAAAUCAAGCCAACUUUGCAGUCCUCCCGCUUCAAGAGCAAGCUCUGUUAUGAGGCCGUUCUCAGCUCCCCCUUCAUCUGGGCCUUCAAAUGUUCGAUUAGUUCAGUCACCUAAGAUAAUGCCGGGUUAUCCGGAGCACUGAAGAUCAAUGAAUGAAUCUAAAUCGUUGUGGACAAACAAAUUGAGCCCGUUUCUUCUUAUGUAUACUAUUGUAUAUAUAUCCUUUACGUCAUUCGAUUUGUUUCAGAGGUGUGAAUUGUGCUGCGAUUAUUUCUAGAAUCAUAUAUCCCUCCUAUUACACGCUUAUAGUUGACUUGACACAAACUCGUUUCAUACCAU